AUGGCUGCUACAGUCGUUCGUCGGAGGGUCGAGGAACCCUUUGAUAUCCAUGAAGAUGCGCGCACAGAAGAGACCGAGAUGAUGGUUGAAGAUGAUGUCGACCAUCUCGCCAAUGAUGCUGCCAUAGCUGCAGCGACUGACGAGGUAAUGGAGGAGGAAGUCGAAGAUGAAGAAGACGAGGAGGAGGACAGCUCAGAAGACGAACAAGUCGAAACCAGCGUACAAGCUGAUAUGGAUAAGCUGGGAGAUGACUUUCCUGGCUUUCGUGGAAAGUAUCGCCUUAUUAAGAGGAUUGGCGAAGGAACCUUUUCUACUGUCUAUAAAGCAGAAGAUUCCCAAUACGACAGAUUUGACAACAGUUGGGACUUUGACGAUGACUCGUCAAAAUGGACACCACCACCUCUCAAGAGACACGCCAGCCAUGCAUCUUCCGAGCGUUCCCAACGGCGGCGCUCGCGAUACGUUGCCAUAAAGAAGAUUUACGUCACCUCAAGUCCAGCUCGUAUCCUGAACGAGCUCGAGCUGCUCCAUGAUUUGCGACAAUGCCCCUCUGUCUGUCCUCUAAUCACAGCUUUCCGAAACACUGACCAAGUGGUUGCUAUUCUGCCAUAUUUCCGACACGGGGACUUCAGGGCAUACUUCAGAGAUAUGACCAUCCCGGAUAUCGCUAUUUACCUGCGAUCCCUAUUUACCGCUUUAAAAAGCGUACACGAACACAAAAUUUUGCACCGAGACAUUAAGCCAACCAACUUCCUCUACGACCCUGCUACCCAACACGGCGUCCUAGUCGAUUUUGGACUAGCAGAACGGGAGGGAUCCGAUUGCAAACCAUGCCUCUGCCACGAGCAUCGCGAAAUGCGCAAGCAUCGCCAAGCCAACUCUGUCUGGGCUCAGACUGCAACCACAUCACAGCCAGGGUAUCCCAAGUCAGACACGAGAUUGUCAAAACGCGCCAAUCGCGCGGGCACAAGGGGAUUUCGCGCUCCUGAAGUCUUGUUCAAAUGCACCGAGCAAACUACCUCAAUUGACAUUUGGUCUGCUGGUGUUAUUCUUCUCACUAUUCUCUCCAAACGCUUUCCGUUCUUUAACUCGGCAGAUGAUGUUGAGGCCAUGAUUGAAAUAGCAACCAUUUUUGGCUCUAAGCGUAUGAAAGCCGCCGGCCUACUACACGGGUGCGUUUUUGAAACCAACAUCCCUACAGUAGGCCAGCAAGGCUUUACAAUGGAAAAGAUCAUUCUCUGGAGUACCUGUCGCACAGAUGACAAGCCGCUGACCCCUGACGAGAAACUGGCUGUGCGAUUCUUGGAGCGUUGUAUGGAAUUGGAUCCUUCUAGACGCAUUACAGCCGAGCAGGCGCUGGAGCACGAGUUUUUGAGUAUUGACCAGCCUCAAAGCCAGGGACACGGCGAUGAUGACGAGGUCGAUAUGCUUGCGGCAUAA